AUGGCAGGCAACCCCGCACGACUUAGACAAGGCAGAGAGACACAUAGAGCGUCGGCUAGACGUGAGCGGGCGGCACAGCUGGAAUCGACGCAGGGAUGGGGUAGAGUACCAGUAAUCGUCUUGAUGGAUGAGGCUGGUUCCUCAUCUGGAUCAAGGAGUCGGCUGACUCGGGUGUCUUCUUCUCGGCAGGAGGAGGUACGGGAGGAGGAGGAGGUGAGAUACCAGGAUGAUGAGGAGAUACCUGAUGCUGACCCUUCGCACGGGGAGGAAGAGGAGGAGGAGGAUGGCUUCCUGGGGGGUCCUAGGGACAUUUCCGUGCCGAUUUCCUACCACGAGCACGUCGCUCGACAUGUCUGGGAGGGAAAGGAAAGGGCGACGCUAAAAAUGGUGAAUCACGCGUGGAAGAUUUUUGAUCUGUUUAAACCAGAGGCGCAGUGGUUUAAUGAUGUGGUGACUGCUUCCGGUCUCAGUGAGUUAUGCAUGACCGGGUAUACCACUAUCAGCCACGACAUGUAG